UCGCAUGUCGCUUGUGGAUUUGUCUAGGUAUAUACAAACGGACUAAUUGACACUCCGAGUCGUUCUCGCCUAUCGGAGAUACGUCGGCGCACCUCUGUCCGACCCCGACGCCAAGGCGUAGCAUACGCAAUACCAAGCUAACGUGGCCACAGACUCUCGGCCGCAAACUUGAACGCCAAGUACAUAGGCAGGCAAGGACAGCCACCGACGCGUCUGUGGCGGAAAUCGGCAUCGCCCGGAUGUCGCGCAGCCGCUCGUCUGCGACCUUUCGUGCAUUGUCGCCGCGUCGACCAUCGGAGCGCUGCUGCGUACUAACCUAUCCUCAAUCGUCUGUUGCACUAUGUUACUGUUGUAGCACGUCUCGUUCUCUCCGGCGCAGCUGCCUGGACCAUUUCUGUGAAGACCUCGCGAGCAUAGCCUUUUCUGUUGUUUGGACUCUUCUACGUCGUAUUAGGCCAGACCAUGGCUUCUGCGCUGCACAUCAACGCCAUCCACGACAUCAUCUACGCCGUCGAACUCGCAAACACGCUAGGCGCACGUCAUCACCUUGUCGAUGCUUAGGUUCCGCGGGGAGAUGCGUGGGAUGGACAAGGCGGAGUAUGAGUAUCUGUCCGACCGUGCGAAUAACUAUCAAUAAGCCGCAUACGGCCAGAACGCAAGGUCCCAGCUCGAAGCAGCCUAAGACCUUUGGUCGUUCGCCCUCCCGGUCGGAUGCACCGCACCCGCGACAUCUCGAGGAGCCCUCCCCGCCCGCCCCUCCGCCCGAUACUCACCGUCUCGAUCGUCCCCGUCGUCCCGCCCUCUGAAUCAUCGCAGACACUGACGCAGACUGGGAUCCGGUAACAAGGAGGUGGCGCGCCCGAGACCCGCCAGUGGCGACGCCGCUCGCCCACACCCGUCGUCCCACCUUCAAUCCCUGUCGCGCCAAA